GGAGCCCGAGCCGGAUCGGAGCCGGAGCCCGAGCGACCGCGGCCCCUUUAAGGAGCCGCUCUGCGGUAACCCGAGCCCGCAGUCCGGGCGGGCGCGGCGGCCGCGGCGGUAGCUGUCGCCUCCGUGACUGCUCCUCCCAGCGGCCCGGAGCCGGUGGCUCCCCCCGGCUCCCGCCGAACAUCUCGAGGGGUGCUUCUGGCCGGCGCGAGCCCUCCGGCUGGGCCGAAUGCCCCGGCGCCCGUAACUACCCGCCGCCUUCUCCCCGCUCGGCGCGGCCGCCGCCCGCGCCCAGGUCGCCCCGGGACCCGGCACAGGUUGAUGAGCUAUGGAUAUGAAACUGAUCACCAGCACUGCCUUCACCAGCUUUUUCACCUUUCAGCUUCUUUUUCACUUUGUAAGUUACUGGUUUUCAGCAAAAGUUUCUCCAGGUUUUAAUAGUCUCAACUUUGAAAAGAAGAUUGAAUGGAACUCAAGGGUUGUAUCGACAUGUCAUUCUUUGAUUGUUGGGAUUCUGGGCCUGUACAUUUUCUUUUUUGAUGAGGAUUCUCUAGCUGAUCCAGUUUGGGGUGAGUCAACGCUUGUGAAAGUGAAUAUUUCUAUUGCUAGCGGCUACCUCUUUUCUGAUUUGUUGAUUCUCAUUUCGUAUUGGAAAGUGAUUGGUGACAAAUAUUACAUAGUGCACCAUUGUACAGCUCUAUAUGCCUACUACUUUGUUCUGACUCGUGGAGCACUGCCGUACGUUGGGAAUUUUCGCCUGCUUGCAGAACUGUCCAGCCCUUUUGUGAAUCAGCGGUGGUUCUAUGAAGUUCUAGGGUAUCCUAAAUUUUGCAAAGCUAAUGUCAUCAAUGGGAUUCUCAUGACCGUGGUGUUCUUCAUGGUGAGGAUUGCCGCCAUGCCGCCGACCUAUCUCCUUCUCUAUAAAGUGUUUGGAACAGAACCCUACAUGAGGCUUGGAUUUCUAAUCCAGUGUUCCUGGAUCACCACUUGUUUUGUUUUGGAUGUGAUGAAUGUCAUGUGGAUGAUCAAAAUUUCAAAGGGGUGCAUCAAAGUCAUCUCUCUCAUCAGACAAGAGAAUGCCAAAAAUCGUCUUCAGAAUGGAAAGCUUGACUAACAGUGGGGCUGUGAUUCACAUACUUCAUUACUAUCUGCAUUGUAUCUGCUGAUAUGAUGAAUUCUUGGCAUGUUCUUGUGCUUCUUUAUUAAUUAUACUUGUUACUCAGUACUUCAGUGUCUUUUUUUAACCUUUAGAAAAGAGAAAGUAAAGUUAGUUUUUAUCCCCAAAUUUCUGAUUUCCUUCUGCAUUAUGAGCAUGGGUAAACUCUUAAAGGUUUAAAUAAAAAAUAUACACAUAGUGGUGACUCUUUUCAGGAAUCUGUUAAUCUGCAUUGGUAUUUUUCUCUGUGACAAGAUGAUCAUGCUAAUUUGGUACACUUAACUUUUAUGUCACCAAUUUUGCUAAAAGAAUGGAAGAUGCUUUUAAAUCUAGAAAUAGCUGUCAACAUUUUGUUGUUUCAUACUCAUUUCUUACUAUGACUGUCAAUGCCUGUGUAGGGUUUAUUUUCUAAAUUGUUCAAAUUCUUUUUUAGGCUAUUAGAAGUGAUGUAUUUUUCAUUUCAGAUAUGCUAUCUGUUAAUGAUACAGUAUUUUACUUACUUUAGGAAAUUUUGCUACUUGGGCCAUGGAAAAUAAUUCCUGUACUUUUAGGUUUUUCAUAUGUUAUUUUCUUAUUUUGAUUUUUAGCAUUUUAUGAAAAGAUAGCUUUUUAUUUUAUAGUAAGGUUUAAGGCAGAUCUUAUAGACCUUCCUAAGAGAUCCUCUAAAAAAUGCAUGUUAUAGUUGACUAUUUAGGCUAAGUGGAGGAAUGCAUUAAAAAAAAAAAAACCUGUUUUAACAUUGCUUUCCCCAUCUGCUUCUCUUGUACUUUUUCUAUGAAAAAUAUAUCAUUUCUAUUUGCAAAAUCAUCUUAAAGUUCAGAACCUAGCAUCAUCACUACCAAAACUUCAUGCAAUAUGUGUUUAUCAUGCUCCAAAGGUAGGUCUAUUCUUGAAACAAAACCACAAAAAAAUCAGUAUUCCUGUUUGAUUCACAAUUUGCACCCUAUUUCAUGAGCAUUUUGAGUGCUUUGAAUGUCUAUUUUUCUUAAAGAAAAAUUUUAUCAUUUUGUCCAAAUAUUCUGAUUAUCAGUAUUGUCUUAUAUGACAAUAAAUGACUCAAGACUGGUUUUUUUGUUUUUGUUUGUGUGAAUAGAUGUGUUUGCUUUUGAUUCGGUUCUUGCAAUCUUAAAUGCCUAUAUGUUAUAUAGUUAGCUAUUGUUGCCUUUAUUUAUUUUUCUCAGAUAUCUGACUUUAAUGAUUGUUCUUACCUAAGAAAAAAUGUUGAAUUUAACCAAGGGUGAAUACUUGAAUUUAAUCAAGCCAAAUCAAAAGAUCAAAUCCAUUAAGUUUCUCAGUUUGAAAGAGAAUAUUUGACUCACACUUUGUGUUGUGCUGAUGAAGAGAGGCUGGAUUUAUCAAGACUUACAUUUGUUUGACUUGGUAGCCCAAUGCGGAGGGAACCUAAUACAUUUUACAUCUUCAAAAAGGUCAGUAACUAAAUGAUAAGAUGAUUGAUUGGUACAUUUAUGUUUGAAAGACAACGUGAUGUAAAAGAUGGAUAUCUGUUUUUAAAGCUACUAAUAUUACAUCAAUAAUUUGUUAUUAAAUUUAGUGCUUUCCGCAUCAGAGGCACUUUAAUAUAUAUUGGUUGUUUAGUGGGGGCCGGGAAGUAUGUGGUUUUAUCUCAUUCUUUUCUCUUUUUUGCCAGAAAACGAUUUUUAAAAGGAAACAUUUAUAUUAGAAAAAUAUUUUGGAAAGCCAUUCCUUGAGACAAAAUUUGAAAUAUUUUUGACUCUUUGGGUAUUUCUAUAGUUUCUGAACACAGAUUUUAAACCCACAUCAAAAUAAAGACAACAUAAAACUAUGAUACUAUUUAUUGAGUAUCUGCAUAACAGUUUCUUUUUUUAUAUUUGCUAUGUCACGCGUAGAAUUUUAUUUUUGUUUUAUGGACAGUAUUUUUCUUUCAUGUAGCUACUCACUAAAUAAGUGUAUUUAAAACACCAAUGUUUUAAACUAAUGUUUGUGGUUUAUACUUGGUUAACAGUUCUUAUUUAGUGCUGACUGCAUGAAACCAGCCAACCUCCAGAUACAAUAUUUAAACGUAGAUUCUUCAUCUGUCCUUAUACAACACAUAUGAAGUGCAAAAAGCCCACAAACUGCUAGGCCUGUUUAAGUCAGACCUGUCCAGGAGCUAUACUUCGCUCUUUGUACCCACCUACCUAAACUACAAGUAGUCGAAGACAACAUGUCAUUGAUUAAACAAUGAAUUUUUCAUUUGUUAAAUGAUAAACUUUUUGCUAGAUAUUUUACAUAUUAAGUAUUUUGACUACAUGGAUUCAUUUAAUUCUAUUAGGCAUUCUAAUAUUUAACAACUGUUAACGUCUUUAUAGAAAAUAAAAGCAAAUUGGUACAAAUUUUUAAGCAAUUAUAUUUUUGUAGAAAAAGAUUAGUGACAACCUGUAAUCAUAAAGAUGCAUUUUGAACAUGUAAUAGAAAAUAGUAAUUCUUACAAAAUUUUGAAAAUGAAUGAAAAUUAAAUAGCAUGCAAGAUCAUAGAUUCUGCAUUAGAUACUUUUUUUUGGAACUUAAAAAGAUGAUGACCUUGAGUUUAUAAGAGUUUGCAUUCUUGUGUCUAAGAUCUUUUUAAGGAGUCUUAGUGAGUCCUGUUUUUAUUCAUUUAAAACUCAAAUGGAGUGACGUGUGUGCAAGAACACCAAUUACUGCUUAAAUUAUGAAGGAGACUUACAGAAAGUAGAAAUUAAGUUUUUAUUCUAGUUGGAUAUACUGGCCCUAUGUUAAAAGAAAGAACCACAUGUUUACCAUGCCGAAGGGGGGCUGAUACAUGACGGAUGACCCUGUACUGCUGUAAAGAGCUAGUUUUAGAAACCGCCUAGGGUAUAGGCAUUUGAAUCAAAUCAUUUUCUAAAUUUUCAGUAAUCUCUUUGAAAUCAAGUUUUUGCUAAAGUGUCGAUUUUAACAUUGUACACUUUCUCCUUGGUGUACCUGACACCAGAUGGGGCUUCGCACUGGUGUAGGAGCCAGAUUUACCGCCGGUUCCACCAUUAGUUUCACACUGAGAGAACAUUCUUUUCAUGGAGAUAUGUAGGGAAAAGUGUGUUGUGAUAUUCAUGUUUCUUCUCUUUCACACUUGAGAGAAAAACAUGGUCCAAGAGAUACUUUUAAAAUAAAUAUUUGAACAAAGUUCAGUUUCUAGGUUACUUUUCUUUUUAAUUUAAAUCCAUUUAUUUACUUCUAAUUGCAGUAAUAUUUGAAAACCCCCAUCAGGUUACUCUUAACUCCAGGUAUAUGAAUAUUCAUUUGAAUAGGCUUUAAGUGGUUUAGUGUAUUGGGUGAAAUUGAAAAGUCCGUGUAACUGUUGAGAACUAUGCAUGAUGCUUCUUAGAAGACUUACGUGUUUUGGUUUCAUAAGAAGCAAAACUUAUCAGAGGUUGGCAGUAUCUAUCGACAGGGACAAACCAGCACAACAGUGAGACCCAGACCCUUCCUGUGUCCCAAGGCUUUGGGCUCAAGUUCACCCUCCAGCCUUAACCUUAAGCGGCUGGCUGAGACACGCUAAAGCUACUGAGAGUGAGUUCUGACCCGAAACACGUGUGAUAGUGAGAGCCAGCAGGACCUGGAGCUGGAGGCAGGCGAUGCCACAGCUGCUUUUCCCUUCAAAUCCUUGACGGUUCUCCCUGAAGUUUUCUCUGAAUCCUUCCGCUUUCCCAUCUCUUGGGCCUAAUACCCUGAAGUUUCCCUAGCCCUUGCUCUCUCAUACCAACCUUUCCUCUGUCAACUUUUGAGGCCUCUCCUUUCCUGUAAGCUUCCAGUCUUAUUGUGCCAAGUUUAAAAGUAGAUCAUUGGAAAAGCAACAUAAUAAGUUUAAGCAGCUCUCACACGAACCAUAAUCUGUUAAAAGCUGUAAAGCCAAAGCCGGUUAGCAUUAAGAAGACUUGCUUACAACCUAAGGCAAAACUAACGUUAUGGUUUGCUUGAGAAGCAUCUAUAAUCUCUUAAACUGGUUUAGAAAUAAAUGCUUGGCAUUUAUUUCAGCUGAGGAUUCAUGGAAGCCAUAUAAGUUAUCUAAAUGUUCUCCCCUAAACCCAAUGGGGGGGGAGGGGGGGGAGACCCUGGCUAGCACUGUGUUAGAAAUAUGUUCUAAGAAGGGAUACCGGUUUGUGGCAGCACUAUUGAAUCUUGCUCUUUAAUUGAACAGAUUCGGUUAUGAGCAUGUUUCUUUUACAAACUUACUAGGGAAUGGAUCACUCAGGGUCUUUUCCAAAGUAAACACCUAAGGACUUGAGUCCUGUCCCUGUUUAGGUGACUUCUCAAACGGUCUCUCCUGGCUCUUAGAGUAAAUAGCACCUGUAUUGGAAGAUCCUUUGGGUAGCAGAGAACUGAAAGCCGCUGCUGAAGGUGGUUUGUUUGCAUUGAAGACGUUUACACUGAUCCCCCCUGAGCAAUUAAAUCAAACCUUUGAUUUCAGGCCCUAUAUGUUUGACCAACAGCAAUGAGGAAUAUUUCUAAAUCUCAAAGAUAAGUAAAUAUACCUCUGGCUGAAAACUCAUUAUUCAUCUGUAUUUUUUGUUGUUGUAUCUUUAUGUAGUUCUUUGUAGUUAAGUGUGCAUAAUUAAACUGUUUGCUACUUAUUCGUUAAUGCACUCUAAAAAUGUAACUGUAAAUAAAAUAUGCUAUAUAUUUUCUUGCCUAGUUUGCUUCUAAUAUGAUUGUGUCUAUUUUUUAGUUAAGGAGUUUUUGCAUAGAUAAUACUCUUACUAACUUGUAACUAGAAUGAGUUAUGAGUUUUUUUUAGCAGUUACUAGUAAGAAUUUGUAAUAAUCAUGACUUUUAGACAUGGAUUUAAUUUGAAAAAUUUACUUGAAAACUGCAGUAAAUACUAUAGCUAUAGAUAUACAUUUACCCCCGAGAACAUACAGCAUUAAUAUUUGUCAAGAUUUUUGAAAGUCUUUCAAAAUAUAUUAGACAUUUUGGGAACACAUCUAAUUUAUUUCCAUAAAGCUGAAGGUUUUUAUUUAUAAACUGUAUGAGUAAUUUAUAAAUCAGUGUUACUUAGAUUUUAUUAGCAAUUUAGUAUUAUUUAUUUUGGUUUCAGGUUGUGCUUUAUUUGGAAGGAUUAACAACUAUCUCUAAGUAUUUCCCUUAAAUUUUUGAAAUGUUUGUAUACUUUGUAUGUGUGCCAUUUCAAAGUAUAUGCAAGUACCAAGCAAUAAUAUGCAUGUUAAACAAGGUUGGUAUACUUUGUCAUGAUAAUUUCAUUUAAUAUUAAUUUUAAGAAUGUGUAUAAAAUCAAUAUAUGUAAAUCACCCCUCCUCCAAUGAAAACACUGGGGUUUUCCUGUGUUACAACACUAUUAGAAUGUGGUGCAAAGCUUUGUAUUUUGUGAAAAAAAUAAUAAAAUCACAAUUAUUUAGUGCAAAUGUUUGA